AUGGCCAUCAAGCUAGGAAGAACACAGCUCACGGAUGAAGAGAUUGCCACUUUGACAGCGGAGUUCGAUGCCGAUCAGAACGGCACGAUCGGUUUAAAUGAGCUCCGGGCCUUCCUCCGCUGCUACGAUGCGGAGCAGUCGGCAAUGCAGAGGAAGUCCGCUCUCGUGGUGAUCGAUGUGCAGAAUGAUUUUAUCGAUGGCACUCUGGCCAACAAGUACGAGGCAGAGAAGAUCGUACCCAUCAUCAAUCAGAUUCGGGACGACUUUGAUGUGGUCGUGAUCUCUUAUGACUGGCAUCCGCACGAGCACUGCUCUUUCGUUGAGAGCGCCAACGAUGGGAAGGUGGCGCUACAGGAAACUGACAAGGUGGGCAAGUUUGAGCCGUUCCAGACUGUGACUCUGCUUAGCGACCCCGAUCGCGCCGGCCAUUCCCAAAUGCUCUACCCGAGGCAUGCGGUCCAGGAUGCUGAUGGAGCGAAGUGCCACAAAGACCUCGUCUUAAAGUCCUCAGACCUCUCCGUCUACAAAGGCGUCAAGCCCAACAUCGAUUCCUAUUCUGCCUUCUUCGACAACUGCAAGGCGAAUGAUACUGGCCUGAGGCUCAUGCUGGAGGAGAACAAGGUCACGGACGUUUACUGUGUCGGACUGGUCUUCGACAUCUGUGUGAAGUCGUCUGCCUUGCACGGCGCAGAGCUCGGCUUUCGCGUCUCCGUGAUCGAAGAUGCGUGCAGGCCCCUGUCCGAAACUGAGGUCGGCCCGACCAAGGAUGUCUUGAACAAGGCUGGUGUUAACGUUCUCUCCUCCGCGGCAGCAGUGGAGGAAGCAAAGAAGAUUCGCACAACGGCCAAGAUGGAAGUCAAGGACUAUAUCAAGCAGGUGAAGCAGCACAAGCACGCGUCCUCACUGCAUCGGAUGGAGACACUUUCCUCCCAUGCACCCCAGUGA